GCACAGCUACGCCAACCCCGGACAUGUCUGCUGGCCGCUGCAGAAGACUGCCCGAGUGGGAAGCCCCCCGCCGCUCGCCAGUGCGUCUGCGCAACCAGGCCCCUCCCCCUAGGAGGGAGGGGCAGCCCCGAGGAAGCGCCCACCCGAGGCCAUUGACCGGACUUAAAGGGCAAAUCAGCGGGCGGCGGAAGAUAAGGGGGCUGACGAGACCAGACUCUCGUGGCUUUUUCUCGCGAGAGUCGUUCGCGUGCCUUUUCUCAGCCCGCCAAGACCCCGCCGGGGACGGUAUUCCUCAGCGGUGCGGGCGGCCCCGGCGGCGGCGGUGGCGAGCGAGGGGCCGCGAUCCGGGAUCCUCGCUGCCCGGGUUCAUCUCCAUGAAUAACUUAAAUGACCCUCCACAUUGGAAUAUCCGGCCUAAUUCCAGGGCAGAGGGUGGUGAUGGAAGCAGAUGGAAUUAUGCUCUACUGGUUCCCAUGCUGGGAUUGGCAGCAUUUCGUUGGAUUUGGUCUAGGGAGUCUCAAAAAGAAAUAGAAAAAGAAAGAAAAGCCUACCAACAAAAAGCAAUUGCUUUCCAACAGGAUCUUGAAGCUAAAUACCGUGAUAUUAUCUCAGAAAACCGUCGUGCAGUAGCUCAUUUGUCUGUGGAGCUUGAAAAGGAGCAUAAUAGAACAACUAGCUAUCGUGAAGCCCUCAUCUCUCAGGGUCGAAAAUUAGUAGAAGAAAGGAAACUUCUGGAACAGGAACGUGCGCAGGUAAUGCAAGAAAAGCAGCAGCUACAACCUUUGAAAAGUGUGUAUCAACACUGCUUGGAAAAGGAAGAAAAUUGGCAAAAAAGAGCUGCCUUUUUGCUGAAAGAAUUUGAAGAAGCACUUAUAGAACGACAGAAUAUCUACUGUAGUUUGGUUCUUCCUCGGACCAAGCGCCUAGAAAUCGAGAAAAGCUUGUUAGUUCGAGCAUCCAUCGAUCCAGUUGCUGCUGAUCUAGAGAUGGUAUCUGGUUUAACAGAUAUAUUUAAGCAUGACACAUAUUGUGGAGAUAUGUGGAAUUCCAACAAACGUCAAAAUGGGAGGCUCAUGUGGCUUUAUCUCAAAUAUUGGGAAUUAGCUGUUGAAUUGAACAAAUUUAAGAGAGUAGAGAAAUCCAUAUUAGAAAAAUAAGAAAAAUGUGGAAUAGGGAGGCUCCUCUUAUUGGCUAUGAAUGGAGUAAGACAAGAUUGACAUUCUGGGAUUCUGGCUUUCCCAAUAUCUUUUCUUUUUUUUUACCGUGCUGUUACCACAUAUAGUGCCAUUAAAGCAGAAUGUCUCUCUAGCUAUGAAUUAGCUGGCAUGCUUCUAAAGGUUGCCAGCUUGUAAAAGUAGUUGCAGUUUACCUUUCCUUCCCUGAGGAGGCAACAGGUUAACUCCCUACUGUACUUGGCUUGCAGCUGUUAAAAAAGAUACCAACUCUGAAGCUUCUCCUGUGCCACUGAUAUUUUAAAUAACAGAACACCACUAUUUUUUCCUACCACCAAAUUAGCUUUGGGAAAGAAUUACAGUCUAUUUUUGUUGCUCCCUUAAAAGUUAUGGUUUCCUUUGAACCAUUUAAUCUCAUAGCAUAUUUUUUUCCCAAAAUGAAAUCUAAAAAUUGUCAGAUUCUAUGCAGAAUGGUACUGUAGUUGACAGUGCAAAAUAAUGCUAUUUAUCAUAUUAAUACAGCUAUAUCAGGUUACUUAAACUUUACAGUGUUUCUUGAAUUCAGAUUUAUGCAAUAUUAAAUGAGAUUGGAUUGUUUGUAUUCACUGUGCAGAUUUUAGUUAUGUCAUUAGUGUUAUAUGAAAAUUGAUAGUAGCAUGAACUAUCAAAAAAUAGUCCUUUAAGAAUAUGAAUCAUAUUUUAUAUGUAGAGCACUUUAUGCUUUAUGAAACUUUAAUGUAACAUCCCCACAACACCACCAUUAGGACAGAUGUUCUCAUUUUAUAUUUGAGGAAACAAACUUGAAAGCUUAUUGAAUCUCAGAUAGCAUGGCUGGUAAAUGACAGAGCCAGAGACCUGGUCAGUACUCUUUCACUCAAGCGCAUUUCCUAUCCAGAUAGGGGUAAAUAAGAGAAACAGUAACAAAUAUGAGCUUUAUUACUUAAAUUCAUAUUUAGGGUAAUGCUUCCCUGAAGAACAAGAAGAGGGCUAUUAACAUGUGCUCUACAACUGUGACCUGGCUGUAGAAAGACCUGGUUUGACUUGGUAUUCUCUUUCUUGGUAUUCAUCAUCAAAAUCAAAUUCAACCGUUAUUUUCAGCUUCCUCUGAUCGCAUCAGUUUUGUUUUGUUUUGAGAAAGGGCAUGCAUUACCAAGGUUAGCAGGAGGGGAGAAAAAUAAGAUUAUGAAAGUUUUUCACAGUGCACAUUUCUAGAAUGGUAUAGAGAACUCUGGGUAAGCAUUGCAUUUAAGUUGGCUUUAGGAAAAAAUAGCUUUCCAUAUGGCUUAGUGCUUUUUGUUUCGCUGGGUGCUCAGAGUCUCACUUGUUUACAGAGUUGGAUCACUUUAUCAUCACUUAGCAUAAGGCUGAGUAUGAAAAUGAUAUCUUUGAGUAGAUAUGGCCCAAGAAGUUCACUGUAAUCUUCUAUAUUCCCCAAAGUUUUGUAUCUGAGAUUCUCUAAUCAAUAAUUCCAUUGAUUAGCUAUUUAACCUUAAACAAGUCAAUGAGAUUCCCAGACUCUUUAGUUGGAAGGUACCCUAGAGGCCAUCUAGUUCAUUUUGUCUUAUCAAUUCAUCCUCACUCUUCAUGUCUUUAACAAAACAAAACAAAACAAAACAAAAUGAAGAAAAUUAGUCGGGCUUUAGUUUUUCAUUUUGUUAGAUGAUUCAUAUUGGCUUUUUAAUCCUAUGCUAUCUUCCUUCAGUUAUUCUCUUCUAACAUCUAGCUGGUGUGUGGUCAUGGAGUGCAACCUAAUUUAGAUAUGGGCCCAAAUAAAACAAAAUUAAGAAUAAAAUCAAUUAGGAAUUAAUAUGAUUUUAUGCUUCUUCUACCAAAAAAAAAUUUACAGUAGUGUCUUCCAGAGUCAGGUAGAAAUAACUUGAUUUUCUUUACCCCUGCUUCCCUAACAUGAUUAAUUGAGAAUUUACAUUAUUUUACUGAUCUUCUGCAAAGAACACCUGUAAUGAAUGAGAUAUCUGUAUCAUCUAAUAAAAAUAAGAGUAUAUGAGGUGAACAUUUCCUUUAGUAAAGAAGAAAAUAAUAGUGGACCAAAUACUAAUUUUAUAGUCUUUUUUCCAAGACUAAAUGGCAGUAUAAGGGUUGUACAUUAAAACUUUGAAUUUGAUCCUGAGAGUUGUGACAAUGAUCAAUGAAGUAAAAUGUAGAGAAAUUUAACAGAAUAUAGAGAGAGCCUUCUUGUAGCUCGGGGGGAAGAUUGGAACCAGGGAUAGCUCAAGACUUUUGAGAUAGAAGUUCUGCUGGCAUGCUUACAGACAGGAUAAUAAAUUAUCAAAAUGAGAAACAUGGAAGAUAUCCUUUAAUAGAAAUGGGAGAGAGGGAACUACAUAUCCUAGCAUGUGACAUUUGAUUAUUUUUAAGUCAAGAGGUUUUGGGGUAAAUUAUAUAUGUAUAGGGUGAUGGUGUGUUUCUUUGUGGUUCACACUGUUUUCUAACUAUCUCAUUGUAAAAGUGCCCAUUUCAGGGUAUUUUUGUGAUGUAAAAGAGGUGAGCACCAGGACUAACCUCUUGCUAUUUGCAAAAAUAAAAUUAAAAGUAGACAAUAA